GCUGUAUGGAAUGUUGGGUCUAUCUUAUCCAUGAUGAAAUGGGGAACUAAGGGUUGAUGAAAGCUGCUGAAGGUCUCCAGCCAGUGAGUGGCAGGUAGGGCUGUGAAAUGAACUCCAGCAUCCUGGUCACUUCUCAGGCCAUAAAUGAGUUCAUGCCACUUCUCAUAUGUGCGGUCCCGUUCAGCUCUGUUAGCCAGCAUCUGGCUCCUCAGCCUCCUGCAGGCAUCUAUAACAAUCCAAGGCACAAUGACAGUUUAUGUUACUAGUUAAUAGUGCUUUUUUAUAUAAAAAUGGCAUCAAAUAACAAAGCCAUAUCAGCUCUAGGGAAGGUCUAGUUGUCAUUAUGAAAAUGAUUGACCAUAACAAUUUUUCUUUUUUUAUUUCAAUGUAUUUACUUUACAUCCCGAGGGUGACUCCUACUCCUCGAUCCUCUCCUCCCAUCUGCCCCCUUUCUUUCUCCCUUUCCCCCAGAAAAGGUGAGGCCCUCCUCCCCUCAUAUCAACCUUCUCCAGUACAUCAAGUCACAUCAGGACUGAGCAUAUCCUCAUCCCAUGAGGCCAGGCAAGGCAUCCCUACCAGGGGGAAGUGAUCCAAAAGCAGGCAAUAGAGUCCAUUAGAAACAGUGCCUCCUCCACUCAACAGGUACUGUAUAUGGAGACCAAGCUGCCCAUCGGCUACAUGUGUGCAGAGGGCCUAGGUCCAGGUCAUGCAUACUCCUUAGUUGAUAUUUAAGAACUAAAUUUAAGGAAACAGACCGUGUGCCCAGUGGGUACAUUUUGAGUCAGGGGGUAUCCCUAAGAGGACCUGCCACAGCUUGUCCUAUGCAGAGAAUGUAGUAAGAAGUAUACCAGUUUGGCACACAGUUUAUUCUGGAAACAGUUCACCCUUUUCUGGGUCAGAAGUUCAAGAUCAUGGUAAGUUAUUGCAGGUGUUAGGAACCCUGAAUCCUUGUGAGCUUCGUGUGUGUGUGUGUGUGUGUGUGUGUGUGUGUGUGUGUGUUUAAAAUGUUCUUUUUUUCACUUUUGAAUGGAACACUUCCCUGGUUUCUUGUUCUUUCAACAGGAAACUUGGUUCAGUCCCAAGCCUUGGAUUUUGCUUUUGUUUGCUGACCAGACUGAAAUCUUAGCAUGUCUCUGAUUUCAGUUAUGGUUGGCCCUCUCAGGAAAAACCCUUACUCAAAAAUUACCUUUCCUGUGUGUGUGUGUGUGUGUGUGUGUGUGUGUGUGUGUGUGUGUGAUGUGCAUGGGCCCUCACAUAUGUGCACAUGUGGAGAAUGAAAAAAACAACUUUAGAUGUUGUUUCUUGGGUGCCAUCUACUUUUUAAUUUUUUAUUUCAUGUUUUAAUAAUGGAUUCUGGGGCUUGAGCUCAGGUUCCCUGCUUCCAAGGCAAGCGCUUGACUGACUGAGUCAUCUCCUCAUCCUCCAUUUGUUUUUCAGCCUUCUUAGAGCACUAAAGGGGUGCAAUGUCGGGAAACUUAUACCCCAACGCUUUGACGAAACCAAGUGAAGCAACAAUAUUCCCUUUCUGUUUUGUCUGUGUGUCCUGUCCAUUGUCUUUUGAUUAUUGAGAUGUAGGUUUAGUUAGUGGAAUGUUUUCAAGAACUCUUAUUUGUAUUCUCUGAGUACAUCCAGGUUCUUCUCUGUAUGUAGCCCUGAGCCAGGGACAGGAUCCAGAGCAAUAACAGCAAAUAGCAGUUCUCCUCUGAUCAGUCUUAGAUUCAUCCUUGGGGGUUUUUGGAUGACUUCCUUGAACACACACUACCACUAAAAAUGCACGGAGACUUAGUUUCUACCAAACUAAGUCUGCCCUGAAGCAGGCGACCCUUCUAUUUUCAAACACAGCAUCUCCUUUGCAAAGACCCUUUGAAACCUCCCCUUACACAGCAGGCUGCCAGGCCUCUCUGCCAACUUUUUCAGUAUCAGUGGAAGUAGAAAUUAUCAAGAAGCUCCAUUUUCCACCCCUCCAUCUUGGGCUGCUUUUUGAGUUUUCAUAGCUAUGAAAACUUAAAUUAACUAAAUUAAUUUAAUUUAAUUUGAUUAAAUUAAAUUAACUUUCCAACUUAAAUCUCAUAGCAAACCAGCAUAAGGUGCAUCCACUGUGUAUGCAAGAGGACAUUCUUCCCAUGUGACUGGAAGCCAUUCCUGCACUGGCUCUGCCAGCAAGGGCUGGUUACUCAUAGCAUAUAGCACUGGACAUUGGAUGGAACAGGUCAGGCAGGAUGGAGAUUCUCAAAGCUCUUGGAGUAACUGCAGCCUGAUCUUCAGCCUCAGGUUUGGGAACCAUUUCAAGAUGCCUGUAGUUGGUUUUCAUGGUAUCCUUUCAAAGACAUGUUCACAUUCCAAUCUCUGGGAUCAGCCAAUGUGAUCCUUUACCUUAUUUAGGUAAAUGGUCACUGCAGAUGUGAUGAAGAUGAAGAUUUUGAGAUGAGCUCAUCCUAUACAUCCUAUACCCCAUGGGAGGGCCCUAAAUGUAGCAAGUGCCUUUAUGUUACAUGGGAGAAGGACAUGUACAUUAGUCAGGGUUCUCAAAGGAACGAAACUGACAGAAUGGGCGCACACACACACACACACACAUUUACUGGAGGGGCUUACAGGCUGUGGUCUGAGUAGUUCAACAUUGGCUGUCUGUCUACAAGACUGGAUGCCUUAGCAGUCUCCAUCUGGUGCUGGAACCCCAGGGAGGUCUGAGAGGGCUGCCAGUUUGUGUUGGAAUCCCUAAGAAGUAUGUUCUAACACCAGAACACCAGCAAAGAAAUGGCUCAGCAGGAUUGAUGAACCUGCCAAUGAGAGUGAAAGCAAGCAGGCAAACAGCAAAAUCUUUCCUUCUUCCAUGUCCUUCUGGUUGCCACCAGAAGUGUGGUUCAGAUACUGGGUGGGUCUUUUGACCACAGCUGAUCUAGAUUUAGAGUAGGCCUCCCACCUACAAUCCAACCAAGAAAAAUCCCUUGCAGAUGUGCGCAGAUGCUUGGGGUUUAGCUAACUCCAAAUGUAGUCGACAAGUGUGAUCAGCUACCUUAUAUGAUAAUAUGACAGUGGAGGCAGAGACCAAAGUGAUAUCACAAGCCAUGGCAGCCAAAGAUUGCACCAGAAGCCAGAGGAGGCAAGGAAGAAUACUACUCAAAACUCUAAGAGGGAGCAGGCCACUUCGGUUCUGGGCUUUUGGCCUCCGAAACGGUAAAAACAAAAUUCUAGAUUUUUAGGUGUGUUAUGUAUCAACAUGUUUGUGCACGUGGGUGAGCGCACUUACAAGUGGUAUGUACACAUAUGGAGACCAGAAGUUGGAGCUGGGUGUCUUCCUCAGAUGUUCCUCCUAUCAUACCUUUUGAGACAAGGUUUCUCAUUGAACCUUGAGCUUGCUGAGCUUGGCCCGUAAGCCAAGGAGUCCCUGGAAUUCUGCUCGUUUCUUAAGUGCCGAAGCUGCAGGCUUAAGCCAACACAUCUGGCUUUACAUGGGUGCUGUGGCUGCAACUGGGGUCCUCAUGCUUGCAUGGGAUCACCUUACUGGCCCUUAUACUGAGCUGUCUUCGCAGCUGCACAUCCCAUUUUUUAAGGAACCUGUGUAGUGACAUAGUAUGGCAGGGCCUAGGAAGUGUCUUCCCACUAAGCAUCACACAGCCCCUGUGUGAUAGUCGGAGCACUCCUCCUCCACACAGCCAUCCUGUUGAGAGGGUGUCUCUUCAUAGGAAUGCCACUUUUAGUUUCCGUGAAGUGUUGAAGUGAAGAAGGGUCCCUGUGACUCCACACAUAGUGGUGGGAGAGUGGAGGUAGCUGUGAACUGGAAGAAGAAAAGGGGCAUGUUAAAACAAUGUGUCAUGUCACCUGUUGUGGGACAUGGCAUGGAUGUGGAGAAGCUGUCAUACACCUCAUCUUCCCAGACAUCCUUGAAGCUUCCUUUGACUGUAGGUGAGUGCCACCUGACUCAUAGAUUAGCAGGUACCCCCAAAGGCGCUACAUGCAGGGGUGCUGGACUUUAUGUGAUGAAAUUGUGCUGGCAUCACAUGACAGGAUUAGAUAAAGCACCUUUGCCAACAGGAAGGGUCCUCAGACAACAUUCCAGAACAUUUCUAGGUCUGGGUUUCCGGGUGGAUCUAGGGUCCAUUUGUCCUGAUGCACUCGGGCUUGUCAGUAUCUCUCAUGGGACACAACUAGGUCACCAGUAGCCCUGUCACUAAUGUGUCAGCAGUCCUGAAAUACCUGUGAGGGGCAGCUGUCACCCAUCCUCUGGACUGUCACUGUGGCCACUCUAUCAAUCUCCACUCUGUUGUGCUUCCCCAAAGAACUUUGGCAUUUGCAGAAAAGGUCAGCAGCUGCCAUCUCAGGCCACUUUGGCAACUUGAACGUCUACCCUUUAAAUGCAGCUUUGUGCAUAGGCCAGAACUUAACAUUUAGCAUUUUUGUUUUUUACACAGGGUCUCUCACUGAACACAAGAACCCAAAUCUUACUGCUUUGACUUGACUGGCUGGCCAGCAAGGCUGCCACUUCUGUCUCUUCCCCAGAGCUGAAAUCACAGAUGGACUCCAGUAUGUCUUGUUUUUAACGUGGGUACUGGGGAAUCUAAACUCAGAUCCCUGGCUUGUGUGGCAAGCACUUCACCAAUUAAUCCCUCCAGCCUAUGAAUGGGGGCUCUCAAACCUUUGAUUACCUGAAUGGAUGUUACAGCCAUGGUAAAACCAUGGUCUAAGAGAAAAACCAAAACAAAUGCAUGUACAAAUUGCUCUGAGGGUUUUUGUGUUUUUCUUUUUCUUUCUUUCUUUCUUUCUUUUUUUUUUUUUUUAGACAGGGUUUCUCUGUGUAACCUUGGCUGUCCUGGAUUUGCUUUGCAGACCAGGCUGGCCUCAAAUUCUGCCUCUGCCUCCUCAAGUGCUGGGAUUACAGGUGUGCACCACUGUGACCAGCUUCUCUGAGUUUUCUAUGACUUGUAGCUAAAGAAAUUUUGCUGAUUGAUUUAUUUGAUAUACAGUCUUGAUAUGUUGGCUAGACUUGGCAGACUCCUGAUUCAGCUCUCCAAAUUGGUGGGGAUAUUUGAAAUCAUUUCUAUGUACACUUACAAUUCUAGGCACACUGAAGAGCUGGAAGAGUACAAGUUUCUAAGACACUGACCUUGAUGCCAGGCCCAUCUAUGGAUUUUUAAUCCUUACAACCACCCCACCAGUAGUUAUAUGAAUUUAUGAAGAAACCAAGGCUUUAAGAGUUUAUUAAUGCUCCCAAAUUAUCCACAUAGCAGUAGCCAUCUUGGGACCCAGAGCCUGGCCUGUCUGUAGUCAGAGAAAGUGAUGUUAUCACUGAAUUGGAACAUCACUAGCUCUAAGUGCAGUUAACUCUAGAACACUUUACAAAAAAAGGUUUUAAAAAAAUUAAAUAUUUUUUUUCUUCACAAAUUAUUCAUUAUAUAUCCUGACUGAAGCUCCCUCUCCCCAGUCCCACUCUUCCUCCCCUUUUCCCUACCUCUUUCCCUUAGUCCACUGAAAGGGGGAGGUGUCCUAACCUCCAUCUGCCCAUAGCUUGUUAAGUUUCAUCAGGACUGCUUGGAUCCUCUUUCUCCUUGGCUUGGCAAGGCUGCAUCACCAGUGAUGAAAGAACAGUCAACUGAGUUCAUGAUAGAGGCAGCCCCUGCUCUCCUCCCUCGGAGAUCCACAUGGAGACUGAGCUGCUAAUUGGCCACACCUGAGCAGGGGGUCUAGGUCCUCUCCAUGCAUGGUCCUUCAUUGGUGCAUCAGUCUCUGCAGGACCCUCUGGGCUCAGAUCCUUUAGCUUUGUUGGUCUCCUUGUGGUGGUUUUUUAUUAGAUUAUUUUGUGUGUAUGAUUGUUCUGCCUGCAUGUAUGAAUGUACACUACUUACAUGCUUGGUGCCCUUGGAGGUCAGAAUAGGGCAUUGGGUAUUCUAGAACUGGAGUUACAGAUGGUUGUGAGCCACCAAACUGGGUGCUGGGACCAAACUCCUCUGUGAGAGCAGCCAGUGCCUUUAACAACAUAGGCAUCUCUUCAGCCCUGUUGUUCUUAUUCAAAUAGAGAAAUUUAAAAGAAAAGAAAAGAAAAGAAUCCAGAGAAACUGAUAAAUCAACCCUGGGGUUUGACACUUUGCUAGGAAUGUAAUAUUACACUUCCAGAUUUGGGUCCCUCCCAGGGACACUCCUCCAGUCCCACACACAUCGGGAAUAAGCCUGAAAGAACUGCCACAGUUGUUCUGGGAUUGUCAUCAGUUAGCUCUAUGACCGACGCCCCAGAUAAGGUGCCUGCAGUCUGCCAUCUGAGAGUAGUACCAUGCAGAAUGAGGCUCAGUAGGAGCUACUGCAGAGAACUUUCUUGUGUCUAAUAAAAGGAUUUUGUGGGUCAUUUUUAUUAGCUGGUCUUUUCUCCUCUCACUCAUGGCCAAGUGUGGCUUCUCGGGAUCUUAAAAAAUAAAAUAUAAAAAUAAAACUUGGAGCUUAAGUAGAGAAUGAGGCCAGCCCUUUUCUGCGGUGUCGUUCUAUUUACAGCAACUGCCACCAUCAGGGAAGUUUCCUUGAGGGCUUGCCCAGCUAUCUGAGUCAUGUGGGCUGGGGCCCUUUCCCUUUGUGCGCUGGCACAGUCAGUGCAGGUAUUUCUUUAGUGUGCAGGCUGUGAAACUGCUGCCCAGAGAGGGCAAGGAUCCCUGCAAGGAAGAAAGGAGGCUUUGAGGUCUCACCCGCCACAAUGACAGACAGAAGCCCUUUUGAGACAGACAUGCUCACAUUGACUCGCUAUGUUAUGGAAAAGGGGCGACAGGCCAAAGGAACUGGGGAGCUCACACAGCUGCUCAACUCCAUGCUGACUGCUAUCAAAGCCAUCUCCUCCGCUGUGCGCAAGGCCGGCCUGGCCAACCUGUAUGGGAUUGCGGGAAGCGUGAACGUGACAGGAGAUGAGGUAAAGAAACUGGACGUGCUAUCCAAUUCCCUGGUCAUCAACAUGCUUCAGUCCUCCUACAGCACCUGUGUCCUAGUCUCUGAAGAGAAUAAAGAGGCCAUAAUCACAGCCAAGGAGAGAAGGGGGAAGUAUGUGGUUUGCUUUGACCCACUGGAUGGAUCUUCAAACAUUGACUGUCUGGCCUCCAUUGGAACCAUAUUUGCUAUCUACAGAAAGACCACAGAAGAUGAGCCUUCCGAGAAGGAUGCCCUGCAGCCUGGCUGCAAUAUUGUGGCUGCGGGUUAUGCCCUCUAUGGCAGUGCAACCCUGGUGGCCCUUUCUACGGGGCAAGGAGUGGAUCUCUUCAUGCUGGAUCCAGCACUUGGAGAAUUUGUGCUGGUGGAAAAAGAUAUCCGGAUUAAGAAGAAAGGGAAAAUUUUUAGCCUUAAUGAGGGUUAUGCCAAGUAUUUUGAUGCUGCCACCACAGAGUAUGUACAGAAAAAGAAAUUCCCUGAGGAUGGCAGUGCUCCUUAUGGGGCCAGGUAUGUGGGUUCCAUGGUGGCUGAUGUGCAUCGCACCCUGGUCUAUGGAGGAAUCUUCAUGUACCCAGCCAACCAGAAGAGUCCUAAUGGCAAGCUCCGGCUUCUGUACGAAUGCAAUCCUGUGGCCUAUAUCAUCGAGCAGGCAGGAGGCAUGGCAACCACAGGCACUCAGCCUGUCCUGGAUGUGAAGCCUGAGAGUAUUCACCAGCGGGUCCCCCUCAUUCUGGGGUCCCCAGAGGAUGUGCAAGAAUACCUUUCCUGUGUGCAGAGAAACCAGGCAGGCAGGUAGUGAGCCUGAACUCACGAGACCACUUCCCUUUGGCUUGUGCUUUGUUGUAUGAAGAAUUAGAUGAACAGUCAAUGGAGAUGGGGGAAAGGUAAACAAGUCAAGUUUGCCAUUCACUUUCAGAGCAGCGUCCUGCUGCUAAGCGAAGGAUUUGAAGCCAGAGGUUAAGAUAUGGUCAAAGAGCUAAAAUAAAAACACGAGUGUGAAGAGUUCUUUUCUUUUUUUUAAUUUUUUUACUAUUAAUUACACUUUAUUCAUUUUGUAUUUCCCCAUAAGCCCCUCCCUCCUCCCCUCCCUCCCCCUUCCUCAUGCAUACCCCUCCUCAAGUCCACUGAUAGGGGAGGUCCUGUGAAGAGUUCUUUUCAUGGGUCUUCUGACUAAACAACAAAGUAAGUGGUGAAAGGGUACUGUGACUGUCAUUCCUCUAACUCACUGACAGCAGCUACCCAUCCUCCCAGGGAAAAGGCACAUGAUCAGAGAAGGAGUGUAGGAAGUUUUAACGUAGGUUCUUUCUCUGCCUACAAACAUAAAGCAUUCACAUCCAUAUGGAUAUGCUGAUUAUUUUGGACAGGUUUUGAGUUGGGAAUCUCAUGCUAUGAAAUAUUGAGCUCCUCACUGAGCACUUUUCAGUCUGUGAGUAGGAUGGCAACCACAUAGAAGAUGUGGUUACCUUUCAGCAAAGCCAGGUACAACAUGGAGUUCAUGAUUAAACUGAAUGCUUACAGUUUUCAAUAUUUGCGUGUUCAUUUUUUAGGAAAUAUUUUAAGAGACCCUAGGGCAGUGGUUCUCAGCUUUCCUAAUGCUGUGACCCUCUAAUACAGUUCCUCAGGUCCCCCAACCAAAAAAAUUGUUUAGUUGCUACUUCACAACUGUGAUUUUGUUAUGGUUAUGAACUGUAAUGUAAAUAUCUGAUAGGCAGGAUAUCUGAUAUGUGACUCCUGUGAAAGGGUUGUUUGAACCCCAAAGUGUUUGUGACUCACAGGUAGAGUACUGCUCUAGAGUCUAACAAAAAUGAAUUAGUCAAAUGGCUACUGCACCCUUGCUCAAAUUGUGUCAAGACUAAACAAGCAUAUGUCUCUAGAUUCUCAAUUUGUUUGAAUGAAAGUUGCUAUGUAUGUGCAUGAACUUGGGAUAUAUACAUAUAUGUGUAUAUACAUACAUCUUAAUGAACACUUACAUUCGUAAAGUAUUUGCAAGUACAGAACACCACAUAAAUAUAAACAUUUUAAAAUUU